UUGGCAGCGCAACAAGUUUGGUUCAGUUCAAACUCAAAGGCUACUCAUGCUUUGACGCUGGGUUAAUACAUCUUAGAAACCCAUUCCAAUUACUAUGGAGACCGGAGGAGAAAUCUCUCAGUCACCAGCGCUGACAAACUGAAGAAAAAUAGCUGAAUGUGAAUGUUUCCUCGUGAACAGGGAGUCUGACAGUAUGAACAGAGAUGCGCGCGACGCACUUGUGGGAUCUGUCUUCAGCGCGAGAUAGACUUUUCUAAUCUAAUCUUUAAGCCGUUUGUUAUUCCUCCACCAAAAGGCUGCGACUGGGAUUUUCUUGGUCAGAUUAGACUUUUCUCGGACUAUCCUUUGCAGCUCGGUUCUUAUCAUGGAGACGUACACGGACGUCUUGCUAGUCACUGCAAACGUUGGAUCACUGUUUGACAAUGUGGGUGAGAUUGAAAGAGACUGGCUGCGAGAGCUCUUCACGAUGGUGCACAUGUACAAGCCACGCUUCGUCGCCCUACACUUUCAGGAAGUCGGUGGAAAGGACUAUAUGCUUAACAUGGGCCACGCAGAAAACUUCUUCAGGACCAUAGAGUCCAGCUUUGAGAUGAAAGACUUUGACAGAGUUUGCGUCUAUGUAGACAGUCAUUUCAAGGCUGUUGACAGUUUCACAGCUCUGGGAAGCAUGUAUUUCAUCCACAAGUCACUGAAAAAUAUCCAACAAUAUGACUUCAAUGCGAAGGAGUUUAAAGUCGUAUCAGGCCACAACUUGUACGUGGGCUCCCUGGAGGGAGUGACUACGGUGGAAAAAGAGAAAUUCCCGAAGAGUUUCUGGCCUGAUUUCAAGUGGUCCAGAAAAGGCUAUAUGAUGACACGAUGGAUCAUUCACAACCAGGGUUUAGACCUGGUGAAUGUUCACCUGUUUCACGAUGCCUCCAACCUCAUAGCCUGCAACUCUAGUCCGUCAGUGUAUUCUGCAAACCGCGAGAAAGCUUUCAGAUACAUCAUCAACAGACUAUCAGAGAGCAGCUACUGUCCUCUCCCCUUCUUCCUGUUUGGAGAUUUUAAUUUCCGGCUUGACACACUCAGUCUAGUACAGAACCUCUCCAUGUCUGCUGAUAUCCAGACAGUAAAAAAAGACAGUACCAAUGAGGUGGAAAAGAUCAUUUGUGAAGAGAAAGACAAUGACCACAAGGUCCUCCUUCAGAUAGAGACAAAGUUAUUUGCUUACUUGCACGAGGCCGUGUUCAGAGAAAAUGACGGAAAAGAGCUUCUGAAGUAUGAUAAGGAAAUCUCUGCAUUCCACGAUGUCAUCGCAGAGGAGGAUAUUCAGUUUCCUCCUAGUUACCCAUACAGUGAAGACUACACUAAACCUACACAAUACAUGAACACACGAUGCCCAGCAUGGUGUGAUCGCAUCCUUAUGUCCCACAGCGCGAGAGACAUCAUCCAUCGGAGAGAGGAAGGCGAGAGUGUUGUGUAUAACACACUGGGCUCCAAUGUCUGCAUGGGGGACCACAAGCCUGUUUUUCUGUUUUUUACACUGAAGACAAUUGUAAAUUGACACAAUUGGGUGAAUCAAAGGGUUUCUGUGUUGUUGACAUAAACCCAGAGUUUAAUCCAUGGACAGCUGUACCAGUCAUGCCAGGGCUCUACAGAGGCACACACUCUUUGCCCAUUCACACAGACCUCUGCACAACCCAUUCAGGUGCAACACACCACAAAGUACCCUGAAAUCUCCUGCCACACACCAUAGAACCUGUUCAUAUUCCGACAGCUUUCCAGUACAUAUCCUCAUGUUGUGGAUUUCAAAACUUUCAAAACACAAAUGCACAAUGUGACAUCAGGAAUCUCUGAACAAGGAUAAAUACUCCUGCAUGUAGAAAACAGUUCUCAAGUCACGUCUUGAAGCUCUUAACUUCUCACUUUUUACAAGCAUCUAAGCUUUAGACUUUGCAUAUGUAACCUUGAGCAAAUUACAGCUGCAUGCUUUUUUUUUACAGCACAAUUAGUUUUCUUUUAUUCGUUGUUUUUGUAAGGAUGUGAAUACAAGUAUGUUGAAAAUACCUGUAGGACACCAUAUCCAAACGCAAGCUGCUGUGACGCACAAGCUUUGGCUUCUGUCUUAUUCAUCAUCUUUUUCAUUGACAGUCAUAUUCAGUUUCUUAUGUGUGCUGAGUGUAUGAGUGUGGGUUGACGCAGUAGUCUUUAAUAGGGAACGUUCUGGUAAAACACUUUAUACCCUAAAUCUAAAUUCUGUCAUUAAUUACUCACCCUCAAGUUGUUCCACACCUGUAUGACUUGCUUACUUCCAUGGAACACAAAUGGAGAUGUAAUGGUGACACCAUUCUGUCUGUCUAACAUCUCCUCUUGUGUUCAACAAAAGAAAACAGGUCAUACUGGUUUGGAGCAAUAUGUGGGUGAGUGAAUGAUGACAGAAUUUUCAUUUUUGGGUGAAAUAUUCCUUUAAGCGUGUAUUUUUGCAAUUACAUUUGCCUCAGCAGUUGUAGCUGUCAUCUUCUCUUAAAGUUCAGUCAUUGUCUCUGUGGGGUUGUUAGUCAGACUCUCGGAUCAAUAGAAUAUGUACAGGACAGCAAGGGAUAAGUUAAAAAGCCAUUAGCACUUGUGAAUUAUGGAAAUCCCCCCCAGAGUGCCCUGGCCUGGAAGCGCAGCUGACUUUUAAUUAGAGCAGUAGUGCAAUGUGAAUGAUAAUGUGGAGUGUAACAUUCUGAAAUUGUUUUUUUACUAUAUCUAAUACAUGAUGGGCGUGUUUUAGUUUAGGUUGAAUUUCUAUGUUGGGUAUUUGGUAAUACUAAAGAAUUACAGAAUAGAGUGCAUCUUUAGUGCUUAAAUAGUCAAAAUGUUCCAUUAUUUCCUUUAACAAAGAGACAUGAGGUCAUAUAGAGAUGAUUCAGUGCAGUCUGUUGAAGCAGUUGUCUUGGUGAUAUGCUGUCCAUCACCUCUAAAUUUCAGAUUUUUUCCCAGGGCUAAUAAGCUUCAAAUAAGCUUGUUUGAAUAUCGAUGCUGAUGUCAAUUAAUGGCUUAGAAACCAAACCACUUAAAGGUGAAGUGUGUAAUUUCUGCGCCACUAGGUGUCACCAAACGGAAUCGCAAACAAAUAUUGUUUUCAAACAUUUUCUCAAAUAGUCCAACCAUCUGCUAUUGGUCGAACAAAAAUUUGUCGCCUCUGGGGUUUGGGAACUGAUAACCGGUUCUUAUUUAGAAUGGGAUCCAUUUAAAAAAAACAAAAAAAAAAACAACUGUAUGAUUUUCAUAACUUUCAUUUCCGUUAACGGUUCUUGUAUGUGUAUUUUUCUACCGAUGUGAAUGGAACACCAUACGAACAUACUCUGACACUGCUUCUUGUUGCCUUAUUUAGGGCCCUAUGAAAUCCGUUUGUUUGUUUGUUUGUUUGUUUGUUUGUUUUCCAAAUUCCGUUUAAUUUAUUCCCAAAUUCCUGUUUUCUGUUUUAUUUAGUUUAAUUACAUUUUAUCAUAAAAAAACUUAGCAAAUUAAUUUAUAGCAUUUUAAUCAAAUGAGAACAGAACAAUUACUUUUCAACAUACCAUUGAAUUAUUUUUAUCAAAUGAAGAGCUUCUAUACUGAUCCUAACAGCACAAUCAAAAAAUUUGAGUUUUUAGGGUUUAUUUUAUUUUACUUUUCUUAAUUUUUAAUUUUUUGGUCAAAUACAGUGCUGCUGUGCUUAAAUAUGAUGGAAUUAUUUAUAUAAAUAAAUAUAUUAUUGUUAUCAUUAUGACUACUACUACAGAAUAUUACAUUUUACUAUACAGAAGUAAUAGAUUUCUGUCGCAUUUUUUCAAUUUCACGAAUCUAGUUAAAUGGAGCUUUUAUUUUGGCACGUUAGCGGAAAACCAGAUGUUAUUGAAGACUCCACUUCUCACUUCUCACCUAGCAGUUCGCUAAAUGGGCUAAUGUGCUUACUAAACUGCAAAAGGCUAUGAUUUAAUUAUAUAAAUAUAUAGUCUGCAUGUGCUGCACUUCACAGUGAAUAAAGUGCUUUGCUCUUUGUCAUUUAUACACACACAGAACGCAUUUGAUGUUAAUGAUGCGGUUAGUGUAUAAGCAGCGGCUUCUCACAUUCACUUACUGUUGAAGCGCACAGUUCAUACAGACCGUAAAGGCUAUUUGUUUAAUUAAACCUCAGCCUUUUGUGGUUUAGGCAUCACACUAGGACAUAUCAUGAUUUUAAUUGGAUUAAUUGUGCAUUUAUACAUUCAUUUUAUCCUAAAUAUAUCUGUGACAUUACGCAUUUUAUAGGUAAUUAUUUUUUUAGGACUGGAUUCCACGAUUCCGUCUGUGUUUUCGGUAUCGUAGAAAUCGUAGUGCCUUACUUAUUAACCCUAUAAUGGCGUAUCAAAUAUGAAACACAGCGUUUGACGGCUCCUGUUUCACUCUCUGUUAAAGCUGACAAGCCAAACAACCUAUGGUAUGUAAGUUACAACAUGUUUAUGGCACCAUCUAGUAGUUAUUUGGGGGGGUGGGGGUUUCAGUGUUAUAAAAAAUGGUGGCGGACUUGCGCAAUGUUGUGAUAAAUAACAGCUUAUUUUUCAAGGUAACAUUAUAAUUAAAGUUAUUGACAUUUUUUACAAUAAAUGUUUGCUUUAUAAAGCUAGCCUAUCGUUGUUUUAAAGCACUAUAUUUAAGUUAAUAAAUUACUAUGUUGAAACUAUUCACACUGCGAUCAGUGUAAUGCGCUUCUUGAAUGAAUGGCUCAUGUGUUCCAGUUCUUUUUAGAGAACCAAAAACACUUUGAGAUUAACGACUUCCAUCAUGUCCAACAACAAAAAAUGUAUGAAAUAUGUUUUUGUUUACAAUCUUUAUUUAAUAAAGUAACAAUAGGACAAAUUAUUGGAUUUUAUGGAUGCUUCUAAAAAUAUUUGAAAAGUAAUUAAAAGGUCUGUGUAAACAUACCUUUUUCAAUAAUUUUAUUAAAUUAAUCUCUGAUUUGUUAUGUCUGCACUGUUGAAAUAAGAACAGACUGUUGAAGGCAGUAAAUGCAAUCAAAAUGUAUUGAUUUUAAUAUUUCUUAGUCAAAAGUAAAAAAAACAUCGUCCAUGUAACCGUUAAGGAAUCAGAAUAGUUAAGAGGAAUUGAACAGAUUGAUCUCACAGUGAAAUCGGAAACAGUAGGUUGACUUUUCUUUAGUUAAAAUCGGUCUGUGCUUACUCAAGUGCGAAACACUGCCCCCAGUGGCCAAAGCAGUAAGUGUUGUUGGCCGUAUGGGGGUGCCAAAAGCGAGUUGUGAAGCGAGUUGUUUUCAGCUGUACAGGAGGAAUACAUAUAUUAUAAACUGUACCCCCCAACCCAAACCCCAAACCUAAACCUAACCAUCAGUGGAUUAAAAAUGUAAGGUUUCAACAUGGUAUUCGAACUCGGGUCUCCCAUGCUGCUGACGCAACGCACUUCCGGUCGCACCAUAGGAGAAGGUAAACACACUUGAGCCAUUGCAAAAAUGUCUGAUGGGAGAUGCCGCUUGUCAGUGAGUCUGCAUAAUGUGGCCGAUCCUAGGGUACCGAAACUCUCUGAAAAAACAUGCCGAAUUCCCGGUGAUCAUUUUGGAAUUGAAACUGUUAAAUUCCUUAUGAUUUCCAUUUUUAGUCACCCCUAACUCACUUCAUUGGUUUAGUCAAUCAACAGUAGCAACAGUGUGCUGGGCUGCUCAAACAGAGCAAUAUAUUAUUGAUAGCGCCACAGAGAUACAUUGUUUACCGUUUUCAGGGAAAUCAACCUGUAAAUAGCUUACUUAUAGUUGUCUCUAUUAAGAAGGAAUAAGAGAGUAUUUUAACAUAAAAAAUUACACACUUGACCUUUAACUUGAUAUUGUUCUAACAAGAGGAUUAUGCAGUCUGAAAUAAUUUGGUCUUCACUGAAAACUGGUAGCUGGGUGUUUUAAUAUUGAUGUAAUUAAAUAUGUUUAGUUGGUUUUCAUCGGUUUAGAAAAAUCAGGCAUACUCAUUUCAAGCUUGUUGACCACGUUCAUAUUGUUGGAUAUUGUGUGCUAAUAUACUAGUGUGUACAUUGUUUUAAAUAUAUCUCAUAUGUUUGGUUUGGAAUUUUAGUUUUGAACAACUUAAGGACAGUAAAUACUUGAUAGUGUGCAUACUCUUAAUGGUUGUUCAGUAAAAUUGUAGGGGAGAUGUUUGGAGUGUAUCUUCAAGUCCUGUUUGUUUAUAUUCACAGAUGCUCUGAAAUGUCAUGAAUAAUCAAACAGAGAUAUGUUCAGAAUGUAGAUGGACACAGUUUUGUGGUAAAAUAUCCCUUUAAAUGACCCAAGAAACUCUAUAGUUCCUUAUUUCAAAACCAAAUCAGGCUACUAGCUAUCAACGUUCAUUUACUACAAGCGAUUGCCGUCAUUUCUUAAAAAUCAACAAGAAUUUAUUGAUUAAGUCAAAAUAAUCUGAACAUCUCCACAGGCCCUCCCCAUGCAUAAUUUAUGUGUGAGGGUUAAAUUGUACGGCCCACCUGUCAAUAAUGGACUUGUUGUAGUUGAUUCAUGGUAUGGGCGACACAAUUUACUGUUCUCGAGGGCAUCACUUCAGACUGUGCUUUAAUAGGAAGCCAUGGAGUCAGAAUAAGAAUGGCAUUGAUGUAAUUUAGCAUUUGCAAUUAUACAAAGAAACACUACAGUCUUCUGAAAUGUAAUAUAUAUGUCUUUUAGUGCACUGUUAUUAGCAUGAUAAGUACAAUGUGUAUGUAGCCAUUCAUGUUUGCACUUGUUUGGGGAAUUAGUUUGUGAUGUUUUCAAGAUGUGAGCACAUUUUCUUUAAUAGCAGUUAACAUCGCUGUCUUUUUGUCUUGUUUAUAUAUAUAUUUAAUUUAUAUAUAUAUAUAAAUUAAACUUUUUGACAAAAAUUAGGCAUUGUCAUGGGGUUGACCCAGAACCAAUGAAAAAAAUAAUAAUAAUAUAUAUUAUAUAAUGUCUAUCCAUGCAUUUGGAAAAUGGCUUAUGGUGUGGUGUAAAAGUUUAAAAUAAAUGCUAACUGCCGGACCAGGGUGUCUGUACAGGAUCAGGACAUUUGGCAUUAGAAAAUUCUGAAAUUCCAGGAGAAGUCCUGUACACGCAUGAAGACAAUUUACAUGGGCAGUCAUAGUCAUACCACAGCCUGCAAAAUAUAAAAAUUGUUGAUUUGCAAGCAUCAGAUUCUCCCAAUUCUGAUUUUAUGAUAUAAUGUACCAAUGUUUUGUUACUCACAUAUAUUUAAUGCAAACAUAAACCGUUUCUUAAAUUAAUGGUACACAAUGUUUGAUACGGUGCCAAAUAUGACCAUCUCUUUCUUUUGUUCCAUUUUUCCUCCUUGACAUUUUGUUUGAUCAGUUGUAAUGCAUAGCACAUUGACAUAAGAUGCAGUAAGAUUGUUGCAAUGUGUUUUCUCUAGCUGUACCUCAGGUGCUGCUGAAAGUUGGAAUAGCCUAAAACAGUCUUGUGACCCCCUUAUUAUUACUUUCUGCAGCACAAAUUAAUGUUUUUCUAAAAGAUGUUAUGUUAAUGUUUUGUUUCCUAAUAAAAUGUAUAUAUUACACAACUGAAGUGUGCACUGGCAAGUAUUUCU